AUGGAAUGGUCCCUGAAGCCGAAAGUGACUGCCUUCAAGGAACGAGAUAGGGCCUCUGGCUCCCCUGAUCGUGAGUUGGGAGUGACUUGGAGGGGCCUAAACGUCCAAGUCGUCAGCGCCGAUGCUGCAAUUCACGAAAACAUGCUUUCUCAGUUCAAUGUUCCGAUGUCAAUCAAGGAGGCUCGACAUAAGCCACCCUUAAAGACCAUCAUAAACAACGCCCACGGAUGUGUCAAGCCCGGAGAGAUGCUCCUCGUCCUUGGCCGCCCUGGCUCUGGAUGCACAACUCUGCUUAAUAUGAUCAGCAAUAAGCGUCAGGGAUAUGCCAGUGUCUCUGGUGAUAUCCACUACGGGUCCAUGACAGCAACUGAAGCCAAACAGUACCGUGGCCAGAUCGUCAUGAACACAGAAGAAGAGUUGUUUUUCCCAUCCCUCACUGUUGCGCAAACUAUGGAUUUCGCAACCCGCCUAAAGCUGCCUUUCUGCCUUCCCCAAGUUGUGGCCAAUAAGGAACAGUUGCGAACUGAGACAAGGGACUUCUUGUUGCAGUCGAUGGGCAUUGACCAUACCCGUGAUACCAAGGUUGGCAAUGCUUUUAUCCGCGGCGUUUCUGGUGGUGAGCGGAAACGAGUCUCUAUUAUUGAGUGCUUGGCCACCCGAGGUUCAGUUUUCUGCUGGGAUAACUCUACUCGAGGUCUGGAUGCGAGCACAGCCCUUGAAUGGGCAAAGGCCAUCCGGGCUUUAACAGAUGUCCUUGGUCUUGCCUCUAUUGUUACUCUCUACCAGGCAGGCAAUAAUAUCUAUAACCUCUUCGACAAAGUUCUUGUCCUCGAUGAGGGUAAAGAAGUCUACUAUGGUCCAAUAAAGGAAGCCAGGCCCUUCAUGGAGGGACUAGGCUUUAUUUGUCACGACGGCGCAAAUGUCGCUGACUAUUUGACCGGCGUGACUGUCCCCACCGAACGAUGUGUUCGUCCAGAGAUGGAAAGUCGGUUCCCCCGGACAGCGGAUGCCCUUCGAUCCAAGUACGAAGAGACGCCUGUCUAUGAGCGUAUGAUCGCUGAGUACGAUUACCCUACCACCGAUCUGGCAAGGGAGAAGACGCGACUUUUCAAAGAAAGCGUACAGCAAGAGAAGGAUAAAAGUCUUCCCCUCAGAAGUGCACUGACUGUUGGUUUCGUUCAACAAGCCAAGGCUUGUGUGGCACGACAGUAUCAGAUUCUGCUCGGAGAUAAGGCUACGUUCAGUAUCAAGCAGGUAUCAACCAUCAUCCAAGCCUUGAUCGCUGGAUCGCUAUUUUAUAACGCAUCCGACGACUCAAGUGGCCUUUUUAUCAAGUCAGGAGCUUGCUUCUUCGCAAUCCUCUUCAACUCUCUAUUGUCCAUGUCCGAGGUUACCGACUCCUUCACUGGCCGCCCUGUCCUAUUGAAGCACAAAUUCUUUGCCUUUUACCACCCUGCCGCAUUCUGCAUUGCCCAGGUUACUGCAGAUAUUCCUGUCAUUCUCUUUCAGGUCUCCGUUUUUUCGCUCAUCCUCUACUUUAUGGUCGGUUUGACCUCGACUGCUGGGGCCUUCUUCACAUUCUGGGCCCUGAUCCUUGCUAUGACUUUCUGUACGACUGCGCUCUUUAGGGCUGUUGGCGCGACUUUCACUACUUUUGAUGGAGCCUCCAAGGUAUCGGGAUUCUUGAUCUCUGCUACUAUUAUUUACUCGGGCUACUUAAUCCCGAAACCGCAGAUGCAUCCGUGGUUUGUCUGGAUCUUCUGGAUUAACCCCCUGGCAUAUGGUUUCGAUGCGCUUUUGUCCAACGAGUUUCAUAACAAGCUUAUCCCCUGUGUCGGUCCCAAUCUGGUUCCCAGCGGGCCUGGUUAUACGAAUAGUGACCCUCAGGCUUGUACUGGUGUUGGUGGAGCCAGACCCGGCCAACCAUAUGUGAAUGGAGAUGAUUAUCUUGCGUCACUUUCAUACAGCCACUCGCAUAUCUGGCGAAACUUUGGUAUCAUAUGGGCCUGGUGGAUUCUGCUUGUGGUGAUCACGGUCAUUGCAACCUCGAAGUGGCAUAGCUCUUCUGAGGAUAGGCCCAGUCUUCGUAUGCCACGCGAAAACGCCCCCGUCACUACCGUCCUUUGCCAGAAGGACGAGGAGAACCAGGUGGGCGACAAAGAGGACGCCAUCUCUCACCGUGGCAACGGAGUCUUGGCCGAAGAUGAUCCGAACAUUUCAGACGGCAUGAACCUUUCACGUAACACCUCCAUCUUCACUUGGAAGAACCUUACCUAUACAGUUAAAACUCCAUCUGGCGACCGGGUCCUACUGGACAACGUUCAGGGAUGGGUGAAGCCUGGCAUGCUAGGUGCCCUGAUGGGAUCAUCUGGUGCUGGCAAGACGACUCUCCUUGAUGUCUUAGCUCAGCGUAAGACCGAAGGUACUAUUCAUGGUUCAAUCAUGGUGGACGGACGACCAUUGCCAGUAUCGUUCCAAAGAUCAGCAGGUUAUUGUGAGCAGCUGGAUGUCCAUGAGCCCUUCGCCACUGUUCGCGAAGCCCUCGAGUUCUCUGCCCUUCUUCGACAAAACCGCAAUACGCCCCGUGACGAGAAGCUCAAAUAUGUCGAUACAAUUAUCGACCUGCUCGAACUACAUGAUCUCACUGAUACCUUGAUUGGUGAUAUUGGUGCAGGCCUGAAUGUUGAGCAGCGCAAGCGUGUUACUAUUGGCGUUGAGCUUGUCUCCAAGCCUAGCCUCCUGAUUUUCCUUGAUGAGCCAACUUCUGGUUUAGAUGGACAAUCUGCAUUUAACACAGUUCGGUUCUUACGCAAACUUGCAGCCGUCGGCCAGGCCGUUCUUGUCACUAUUCAUCAACCUUCUGCCCAGCUCUUCUCUCAGUUUGAUACGCUACUCCUGCUUAAGAAAGGUGGCAAGACGGUCUAUUUUGGUGAUAUUGGUCAGCAGGCCAAAACCAUAAAAGGAUACUUUGGCCGAUAUGGCGCCCCCUGCCCUGAGGAUGUUAACCCUGCCGAGCAUAUGAUCGAUGUUGUUUCUGGACAUCUUUCGCAAGAUAAGGACUGGAACCAGGUCUGGCUCGAAUCUCCUGAGCAUGCAGCUGUUAGUAAGGAGCUAGAUCGCCUUGUUGAAGAGGCCGCCGGCAAGCCGCCUGGCGCUGUUGAUGACGGGCAUGAGUUUGCUUCAAGCAUAUUGGAGCAGAUCAAGCUCGUGACAUACCGCAUGAGUAAAUCGCUUUAUCGAAAUACCGACUAUAUUAACAACAAAUUCAUACUGCAUAUUAUUUCGGCUCUAUUUAACGGCUUCACCUUCUGGCAAAUCGGAAACUCGGUUGGCGACCUCCAGCUUAAACUGUUCACAAUCUUCAACUUCAUCUUUGUCGCACCAGGUGUAUUGGCCCAACUUCAACCUUUAUUUAUCCAUCGUCGGGAUAUCUUUGAAGCUCGCGAGAAAAAGUCCAAGAUGUACUCAUGGGUUACAUUCGUCACUGGGCUUAUUAUAUCAGAGAUCCCUUACUUAAUAAUCUGCGCAGUUUUCUAUUAUAUCUGCUGGUAUUAUACGGUUGGCUUCCCUAAUAGCUCUAGCCGUGCCGGAGGGACCUUCUUCGUCAUGCUUAUGUACGAGUUUAUCUACACCGGCAUUGGUCAGUUUAUCGCAGCCUACGCCCCUAACGAGGUUUUCGCAUCCUUGGUUAACCCUCUUAUUAUUGGUAUCCUCGUCUCCUUCUGUGGUGUCUUGGUUCCGUACCAGCAGAUUCAGAAAUUCUGGCGUUAUUGGAUUUACUGGUUGAACCCCUUUAAUUACAUUAUGGGAAGUAUGCUAGUUUUUGAUAUUUGGGACACUGAGAUUAGGUGUGACGACAAGGAGUUUGCCCGUUUCGAUCCUCCCAGUGGAGCUACCUGCGGCGAGUAUCUAUCUGAUUAUCUGACACAGAGUAUGGGAGCGGUCAGCGACCUCAUGAACCCCGAUGAUACAUCGGAAUGCAAAGUGUGCUUAUACAGAAAGGGCGAAGACUACCUUAGAACUCUCAACUUAAAGGAGUACUAUUACGGAUGGAGAGAUGCAGCGGUUGUGGUCAUCUUUGCCAUCAGCUCAUACGCUCUGGUCUACGUGUUAAUGAAGCUCCGAACCAAGACAUCCAAGAAGGCAGAAUAA